CAUUUAAAUCCCUGACUAUAAAAUGGGCUUAAAGAGACGCGGGAUCCCAGCGGCGCUGCACAGAGCCCGGCAGGCAGGCGUGUAUCGAAGGGGGCGGGAGCCCAGCAGCCGUCAAGAUGCUCCACUCCCUCGGCGUUCACACCUUGCAGCUGCUCACCCAGGUCGCUGCCUGCAUCCUCCUGUUCCCCCGCUUCCUGCUUACCGCGCUGAUGCUCUGGCUCCUGGAUUUUCUGUGCAUCAGAAAGAAGGUGCUGCUGAUGGGUAGCAGGGCGGAGGAGGAAGCCUGCCCUGCCCAGGAGCCGCCCCCGGACGACCCCCCGGUCUGCGUGUCCGACUCCAACCGCAUGUUCACCCUGGAGUCCCUGAAAGCCGUGUGGCACGGGCAGAAGUUGGACUUCUUCAAGUCAGCCCACGUGGGCUCCUCCGCCCCCAACCCCGAAGUCAUCCAGCUGGACGGGCAGAAGCGGCUCAGGAUCCUGGACUACGCCCGAGGCAAGAGACCCCUGAUCCUGAACUUUGGGAGUUGCACCUGACCUCCCUUCAUGGCUCGCCUGAGGUCCUUCCAGCGCCUAGCUGCGCACUUCGUGGACAUCGCUGACUUCCUGCUGGUGUACAUCGAAGAGGCUCACCCCUCCGACGGCUGGGUCAGCUCGGACGCCGCCUACCAGAUCCCCAAGCACCAGUGCCUCCAAGACAGGCUGAGGGCAGCUCAGCUGAUGCAGGAAGGGGCGCCUGGCUGCCCCCUGGCUGUGGACACCAUGGACAAUGCUUCCAGCGCCGCUUAUGGAGCCUUCUUUGAAAGGCUCUACAUCAUCCAGGAGGAGGUGGUGAUGUACCAGGGAGGCAGGGGACCAGAGGGCUACAAGAUCUCCGAACUGCGGAGCUGGCUUGACCAGUACAAAAACCGGCUCCAGAGCCCCAGCACGGUGGUCAUCCACGUGUAAAAGGAAACUGUGCUGGGGAGAGGAGGAGGGGGUCCCGCACCGGGGGCGGGUGGGGGGGGGGGGUGGCAGGAGCUGUUCUCUGCUCCUCUCCCUGGGGACGGCAGGCUGCUGUGUGAGUUUCAUGCACGUGCCACCGUUGCCCCUUCUCUGAUCGAAUCAUGUUGAUUUGCCAGCCCAGCUCCGCUCAUGCUGCAUGUCCUCGUGCAUCUUGUAAAUACCCCCACCCCCUUUUCUUUGUAACAAACAAAGCCUUUCCUAUUUUUAUGGAGGUUUUUCUAGGGGGUCUGGGUCCGCGCGUGUGUGUGUGUGUGUGUGUACACACGUACACGAGUGCUCUCUGCUGAGCGCCCGGAAAACACUAGUUGGGAUUUCUAGUCUCUCUUGAUGACGACCGAUUUUGAAAUGGUUUUCAAAACGCCAGGAAAUCGAGUCCGAUGUUGUUAGAGACUGGAAGUGCCACUAGCCGGGGCAAAACGGAAUGUCCUAUUUAUGGGGUGUGUCUCUCUCUCCUCUCUUUUUUUUUUGUAAAUUUUUUUUAUGAAACUUUUUUAUAGGAAUAAAGAUCUGGAAUAAAACAACA